AUGUGUCCCUUCGAAGUUCGUCGUGCUCCACCUGGAGUUUACUGGACUCCACCGCCGGCGAGAAGAACAGAUCAUGCGGCGGCGAUGACGAUGUCGGAGAGGAGAAGACCACCGUCUUCUGAGAAACCUGAUCCCUUUCACAUCGUCCACAAGGUUCCUUCUGGUGAUUCGCCUUACGUCAGAGCCAAGCAUGCGCAGUUGGUAUCUAAAGAUCCGAACAGAGCUAUAUCAUUGUUUUGGGCUGCAAUAAACGCUGGAGAUCGUGUUGAUAGUGCGUUGAAGGACAUGGCUGUUGUUAUGAAACAGCUUGACCGGUCUGAUGAGGGUAUCGAAGCUAUAAAGUCCUUUCGUUAUCUCUGUCCUUUCGAGGCUCAAGACUCCAUUGACAACUUGCUCCUCGAGCUUUACAAAAAGUCUGGGAGGAUUCAAGAAGAAGCUGAGUUGCUUGAGCACAAGCUGAAAGUGCUUGAACAAGGAAAUGGGUUUGGUGGUAGAAUCGUGAGAGCAAAAAGGGUGCAAGGGAAACAUGUCACCAUGACUAUCGAGCAAGAGAAAGCAAGGUACCAAGACUUGAGUCUAUUAAUCUCAGUGAGUACUUUGACUCUUGAGCUGACGUUUUUAUUCUUGUUUGAACGUUUUAGGACUCUAGGAAACUUGGGAUGGGUACAUUUACAGCUACAUAACUAUGGAAUUGCAGAGCAGUAUUACAGGAGAGCUUUGUGUUUGGAACCAGACAAAAACAAACAGUGCAACCUCGCCAUCUGCUUGAUGCGUAUGGGUCGAAUCACAGAAGCUAAAUCUCUGAUUGAUAGUGUAAGAGAUUCAGCUGCAGAGAGUGAGUCGGGAGAUGAACCAUUCUCAAAGUCUUAUGACAGAGCCGUUGAGAUGUUAGCAGAAGUGGAAUCGAAAGAUCCAGAAGGUGUUGGUCUUUCGGAUAAGUUCUACGCAGGAUGUUCAUUUGCAAAUGGAACAAUGAAGGAAAACAAAGCUCCUAGAAACGCAAACAGGAACCACUCGCAUGUUCCUCCUUCUCCAGCAUCUGUUAGACAAAACUCUGCAGGUCUGUUUACACAACCACGAGGAUGCAAAUUGGAUCAGAGAAAUGGGGUGAAUGAGGAAGAGACAGCUGGUGCAGCUCGAAAGCUAUUGUUUGACAGAUCUGAACGUGUUAAGAUUUUGAAGAGAGGAGAAGAAGAACCCAUGAAAGGGAAGAAGCUGGACCAGAACAUGAUUCAUGAUCUCCAUGAAUACAUCAAAGACACUGCAGACUGUACAAAGAGUGCAUCUAAGAAAAGCUGGGCAGAUAUGGCUGAAGAGGAAGAUGAAGAAAGAGUGCAGUCAGAGCUAAAAACCGCAGAGACUUAG